UCAGGUAUCAGAACAGAGCUUCACAUUUCCUUGUCCCCUUCACCAUUUGUUGGAUAAUUAUUCUCCUUCUGCCAAAAGUUUCAAGAUGGCUCACAAAAGCAAGAUUUUGUUCAUCGGAGGCACCGGCUACAUCGGAAAAUUCAUCGUGGAAGCAAGUGCAAAGUCUGGCCAUCCCACCUUUGCUCUGGUCAGAGAGAGUACGGUCUCUGAUCCCGUUAAGGGAAAACUCGUCGAGCACUUCAAGAGCUUAGGCGUUACUUUGCUCCAUGGAGAUCUCUACGACCAUGCGAGUUUGGUAAAGGCGAUUAAGCAUGUGGACGUGGUGAUAUCGACGGUAGGCCACCUACAGUUAGCUGAUCAGGUCAAGAUUAUUGCCGCCAUUAAAGAGGCUGGUAACGUUAAGAGAUUCUUCCCUUCGGAGUUCGGAAACGACGUGGACCGUGUGCAUGCUGUUGAGCCAGCAAAGACUGCAUUUGCUACCAAGGUUGAAAUCCGCCGCAAGAUUGAGGCUGAAGGCAUCCCCUACACUUACGUGUCAUCCAACUACUUCGCCGGAUAUUUUCUCCCUACGUUGGCACAGCCAGGACUCACUUCUCCUCCUAGAGAUAAAAUCACUAUCUUCGGAGAUGGACAUGUCAAGGCUAUUUUUAACAAGGAAGACGACAUAGGAACCUACACGAUCAGAACUGUGGAUGACCCAAGGACACUGAAUAAAAUAGUCUACCUCAGGCCUCCCAAGAACAUUUACUCAUUCAAUGAGCUUGUUGCCCUUUGGGAGAAAAAGAUUGGCAAAACCCUUGAGAAAACCUAUGUCUCAGAGGAGAAAAUUUUGAAGGACAUCCAAGAGGCCCCAAUUCCAAUCAACGUGAUAUUAGCAAUCAACCACUCAGUCUUUGUGAAGGGAGACCACACCAACUUCGAGAUUGAGGCAUCUUUUGGAGUAGAAGCCUCCGAGCUAUACCCAGAUGUCAAGUACACGACAGUGGAAGAAUACCUUCAACAGUUUGUUUGAGCAAAUGAACCCCCCAUGGCCCCAUGCAUGCCAGCUUGUUUAUAUUAUUAUUAUCAUAAAUAAUCCUAGUUGCUGCGAGGGACUUUAUGCGAGUGAGUGUUUGUAAUUGUACCUUUUCUCAAUCUAAUAUAUAUAUAUAUAUAUAUAUAUAUGCGUUCAUGCUUGCAA